AUGGAUGAUUUGGUGACAAAAGACUUUGUCAUCCCGACUGUCGAUAUUGGGCCAUACCUCGACGAUCCGGGCUCUGAAGCGGCGCAACAGGUGGUCCAAGAUGUGAAAACGGCCUGCACCACGUCUGGCUUCUUCUCUCUAAAGGGUCAUGGGAUCUCGAAGGAGCUUCAGCAGCAGCUCUUGCGAGCAGCCAAGUCUCUCUUCUCUCUCCCACUCGAAGACAAAAGAGCCCUUUCCACCGGCACUGUGCUGAAGAACAGGGGCUAUGAGGUGAUUGGAGCCCAAUUGCUUCAACCCGGGGCUCUCCCAGACUUGAAGGAGGGAUUCUACAUCGGACAACCGAUCCCGGCAGGUGACGAGCGCGCGAGACGGCACCCCUUUUUCAUGGGCGAGAACGUAUUUCCGCCCAACGUACCAGACUCGGAGAUCAAGGAGCCCACCGAAUCAUAUUUUCAGGCCGUGUUCCAGCUAUCGCUCAAGGUGAUAGAGAUCCUUGCCAAGGGGCUGCCCUACGGGGAUGGCAUCUUCGACGACUUUGUCUCCAACGACCCAGUCUGUACCCUCCGGCUCCUGCAUUACCCGCCACAGACGUCGCGAGACGAGCUCCAGCUCGGCGCUGGAGCGCACACCGACUUCGGUGCCAUCACACUUCUUUAUCAAGACAACAUGGGCGGCCUCGAGGUGCGCAAUCCUUCCACGGGCCAGUGGGUACCUGUGGCUCCUGACCCGGACGCCUACGUGGUCAACAUCGGCGACAUGCUCGCCAUCUGGACCCGGGGCAUCUACAAGAGCACGUUGCACCGCGUCAUCAACCGCUCCGGCGGCGACCGCUAUUCCGUGCCCUUCUUCUUCGACGGGAACCUCGACGUGCGCCUGGCGCCGCUUGACGGGAGUGGGUGCGACGGUGGCGAGGCUCCGACUGUGGAGGAACACAUGCUCGAGAGGUUCGGUACUACGUACAAGGGAGGGAAGAAGGGAUAG